GUUUUUUUUUAAUUAAAAUUAUAAAUUAAAUUUUCAAUUUCCGUUUGUGGAAAUUUAGACACUGAAGUAAAAUUGUAGGUUAGGAAAUUUUGUUUUGAUUCAAGGUGAUCAUUGUGAUAUGGGAAAUGUUUGUUUUUUAUUUAUCUGUCUUAUUAACAAUGUUAGUUGCUACAGUAACAUGUUAGUAAUAAAUUGCCUAUCUAAUUUAUAAAUAAGUUUAAAAACCAGUAAUUUAUUUAAAAAAAUGAAGAACAUAGUGGCUUUUGGAAACCCUUUAUUGGACACAAUUGUUUUUAUCGCAAAUAAUCAACUUUUAAGCAAAUAUGAGUUAGAAAAAGACGGUCAAAAAGAAAUCAGUUCCGAAGAAAUGAAAAAUCUUACAGAAGAUAUCAAAAAUGAGUCGCAAAACAAAACUUAUAUUGCAGGUGGUUGUGCUCAAAAUUCUCUCAGAGUUUUACAAUGGCUGACAAAGAAAACACAGAAUGUUGCGAUUUUUGGUUCAGUAGGGAACGAUAGUGAGGCAUCUGUUCUUAGAAAAUUAAUGGAAAUGGAUGGUGUUACUACAAAUUAUGUUACUCAAGAAAAUUUUACAACAGGAAAGACAAUUUCUUUAGUAAAUGGGGUUAAUAGAUCUUUAGUUGCACAUUUAGGAGCGGCAGAAAUACUUUUAGUAAGUGAUAUAUCGAAUAAUAAAACAUUCAAAAAUUACAUUAAAAACGCCGAUUACAUUUACAUUGAAGGAUAUUUUUUAACAAAACGAGAAGAUGUCGCUACCUAUAUUUUAGACUACUGUAAUGAUCUACAGAACAUAGUUAUUUUUAAUAUAUCUGGCGAGUAUGUAUGUGAUAUGGUACCCAAAACUUUAAAAUAUUUCGUUGAGAAUUCGGACGUUGUUUUUGGGAAUAAAAGAGAAUUUGAAGCACUUAGAAUGAUUUGGGGGUUUAGUAGUUUAGAUCAACUUCUUGAUUUAUUAAUAAAAAAUGGUAAAAAUAAAUUAAAAAAUUAUGGAAACAUCAUUGUAAUAACUGACGGAGCAAAACCUGGAUGCUGCUACUAUAGUAAUGGACAAAAAUAUCAAUUUAAAGUAGAAGAAAUUGCUAAAGGUGAUAUAAAAGACACUACAGGUGCUGGUGAUGCCUUUGUAGGAGGGUUUCUAGCUGGAAUGUGCGAAGAAAAGUCUAUUGAAGAGUGUACGAAGCUAGCAUGUUAUGCAGCUUCUGCAAUUAUUAAGCAAACUGGUUGUUCUAUACCAAAUUAUUAGAAAAUUAAUAAUAUUCCUUCUUUAUUUAUUAGUAAGUUUAUAAUGGGAAUGCUGGUGACAGUAGUUGUAAAGUGGCAAAAUAUUAUUUCAAACAUGUUAAGUUAUUAAGUCAUGAAAUGUGAUAGUAUAUAUUAGUUAGCUUUAUUAUUAUGUAGUGUGGGCACAAAAUAUAUUUCAUAAAAUACUAUAUGCAUUCAGAAUACAUUGCAUUUAGGAUAACUUUUGUUAUUUUUUAAACUGUAUUGUUUGUAAAUAUUUGUUAUGAAUAAAAUAAAGAUUAAAAAUGCG